CUUUAUUCCGAUGAAAAUUGUCUUAGGUGUCUCCGACUCGGAUUCGUGAGGUGGUCGGAGAUAAAUAACGUGCCCUUCGUCUUUUGGAAAUUUUUACAUGUACCGAUAGCAACAUUUGAUUGCUAGAAAUUGAAAUAAGUAUCAAAGAACCGUAGUAGACUGCUCUGUUGAGCAGGCGAAAAAUUCCUGUAUCACAUCUUCAUCCACGAGGACCUUGGGUAGCUUGGAGCGCCAGGGUGGCCGAACAAAAAAUAUACGGGUGGGACAUCAAAAAUGGCGACUACCUCCUCGCCCAGCCGUGUAUUGUUCUCGGACGCGCGGCAGAUUGACGUCGGGCGCGUACAGUCUUCUGGUGCGUCGAAGAAAACAUCAUAUCCUCGUCGAGAAACAGACGGUCGAGCAGCUCCGAGGAUUCGAAGAUCGCGACGAUCCGCCGCGGCGUCCCUGUUACUCCUGUCAGCAUCAACGACUUGCCAUCAAAGCAGUUUAUUCGCCGAGGCCGUGGACCACAGCAAAUUUCGCACGUGUGAGCAGGGCAGCUUUUGCCGGCGCUACCGAAAAUGGGUGGAGUUGGUAAAAAAUACGCCGGCAACGUUCCACUGGAGUAUAGCAGACACAAAGGAACAAAGUAGUAGUGGUGGAGCUGCAUUGUCCCCGACCGAGUUUGACUUGCAUUCCACAGCAACUUCUCCUAGUGCAGUCGAAGCAGGAACAUCAUCAGAGGACCAAGCAGGAGCGUCCAAUAGUCCUCCGUUGACCCUGAAGCUUGAUUUUUAUAAAUUUGGCGGGGUUCGGUUUUUUGUCACGGAAAAAGACCCACUGUACCCGCGCUACAAGAUCCCCGACGGGGAUGUCGUUGUCGCAACAGAACGAGAGCUGGUGCCGAUGAGUGACGUCUCGGUGUCAAAAAUCAAGGACGACGCGACCGGGGCGGUGGCAGCCACCGUUUUCGAGUACAGUACGAGUUCGGCGCCGGGGGGCGGGGAAGCUGUUGCAGAGGAGACGACUAAGGUCAAAGUGGAGCUACGACACAGUCCGGUACUAGAAUCUGAUUUGGCCGUGUAUUGAAUUCAAGCUGCGGUCGUAAAUGUAUAUGUAAAUCAUCCUCGUCCCAUGUAAAAGCUACCACAGCAUGCGCAUGCGCCAACAGGUGGCCGAUUUAAAAAGGUCCCUUUUGCAUGAUAUCUUUGAAGAUUCACGAAGAAGUAAAUCGGUCGUGCAAAGUAAGACUUGUAGGUGUAGCAACGACGUGAGGAAACUCUCGACCGUCGUGGUGAAAUUCAUCUUCUAAAACCUCUUAUUACAGCUCCUGCUGAUCGCAUCGGCUAACAUAUCACAGGAGCAAAAAAGUGCGUUAGUGUAACUUUUUUUGGGCAACAGCAGCUCGACAAACGCGUCUGGCAUGUUGACAUCAAAAAUAACGGCAGCUUCUUGAAUGGACCAGCUUACGAUUAUGCAUGACCUGUAUGGGACAGACGCAGCCCUCUUACAUGGUCCUCCUCCGCUGCACACUAACAGACUUCCACUAGCGCAGUUUUUUUCCCCUUGCAUAGGGCAAUGUCCCCUUCGCCGUCGUGAACAAGCGGAAUCUACUCAAUUUCGAGAUCUACCGACCGCAGAACACGGUGAAAAAGGACAAAAUCUACGACGCGGCCAACCACCCUACCGUGGACACGCACGGUUUGCACGCGGAGAGCUUCGGCUCCCACCACGACCCCAAGCCUCGGGGUCCGGCCUCGCUGGGUGUGGAUGUCACUUUCGUGGGCGAUAUCCAGGAGAAAACACCCAUCCCCAUCCAUUUUUUGCAUGACAAACGCAGGACUUUCUGCAUGUUUUGCAUCACAAAUAGCAUCGGGAUGGAUGUUUUUUCCUGGAUCGGCGACGUGGGGCACGUGUCGGGGUUGCCGGAGCACGCCGCGGCGCUUUUGCUAAAACCUUUCGAGGAGCCCUAUCGGCUCUACAACUUGGACGUGUUCGAGUACGAACUGAACAGCCCGAUGGCGCUAUCCUCAGUAAAAAACCGUCUCCACAUUCCGCCGAUAUUUGCCAUGCAAAAGCGAAUUUUCUAGUCGUGGUUUUAGUCAUCAUGCUGUAAUCAGGCUAAGGCGGUCAAUUACAGUUCGUGUAUGCGAUUUUUAAGCACAUUAGCCGAGCACGACGAGGCUACGUGGCCACCAGCUGUCUAAUUAUCUUCUGCGAAGUUCGCAAAGCAAAGGCUUCCGGAUAUGCAUUUGUCGGGCAGCUGAGUUUCCGUUUUGGGUAUGAGGUCGUGAAGACAUUUUUCUUUGGGAUAGGCACUGUACGGUGCCGUGCCGAUGCUGUGGGGUUACGAGCGAUCGCUGCACACGGUGAGUGGGGUUCUGUGGAAUAACCCCUCCGAGACCUUUGUAAAGGUCGAAGGCUUCGCAGACAACACCUCGUGGUUCGGCGGGGGUGGUUCGGGCGACGCGGCACGCUUGUCAAAGGGCUACGACACAUGGUACGGAAAGUAGAUUUUCCGGAUUUUGAAGAUUUCCAUUUUUUUUUUUUGACAGUCUCAGUCGGUCCUUGGUGAUGAACAAGUUCUACUACAGAUGAUAUUGAUAGACGAAUAGAGGUGGAGACUGGAGAGGACGAACGGAUGCUGCACUGCCAGUUGUUGUGCAUCGCAAACGCAAAAGCAAAUUUUUCUCAACACCACGUAUGAGUCGUUAAUUUGUCAGGUGGGUCUCGGAGUCGGGUGUUCUGGAUCUGUUUCUUUUCCCCGGCCCCCACGCCCCCGCUGUGUCCAAGCAGUUCCACUCGCUGACGGGCUUCGCCCCGAUGCCGCCGGUGUUCGCCAUCGGCAAGCACCAGUGUAGAUGGAACUACGUUUCCGAAAAGGACUUGCUGGAGGUGCAUGACAAGUUCGAAUCCUACGACAUCCCCUAUGACGUCCUUUGGUUGGACAUUGAGCACACGGACGGGAAGCGGUACUUUACCUGGGACAAAAGGCACUUUCCCAACCCGGAUAGCAUGACCAAGCGCCUGUCCGGCCACGGCAGAAAGCUCGUGACGAUUGUGGACCCGCACAUCAAGGCGACCGGGGACUACAGUGUGUACACGAAUUUGAAGGACAUGGAUUUGCUGACGAAAAAAAAAACGCUAUCCUGGUGUGUGAAAACGUCGUCCCUACUUUUUGUCAUGCCAAUCUGCAUGGCCAUGGAGGUUAUUGAAAUACUUACCAUGCGCAGCUUCCCCAAGAAGAGCAGCAUUGUCUAGAGGUGUUGUGGAAUUUGUCCUGCUCAAACCAGGAUGAGAAGAUGAUUUAUUUUUGAUGCGGCUGAACUUGCUUAACACGACGACAAUUGUACCCUGUGGGGCCAAAUCCGUCAACAUGCGCCGCAACAAGCGAAACAAUUUGCUUUGUGUACUCCAUCAAAGUGCCCAUGAUCUUGAUGACUUUGGGGCGGGGAUGAAGUUUUUAACCAUGAUACACUUGGCAAUACAAAGACCUCGCGCCGGCGCUCAGCCCCGGGGAAGAGGAGCAGUUGCCGAUGAUCAAGGUAGACCUAGAGAAAUCGAUUUUUGCGUAAAAAAUGAAAAAAAUAUUUUUUUUUUCUUUCUCAUGCGAACCACAACGACGAAACAGCGUAGCUGUAUAGAUACAAUCGCAUGACAAACUAUGCGAUCAUCUCACACCAUAAACAGGACCCUUCCGUCACCGGCCCACCGGCAGAUUGGGUUACGGUCAAAGACUAUCCCUUGCAAAGAAAUCACCAAGAUGCUGAAUCUCGUCGGCGUGAUGAAAUUAUUGAUGAAAUCUGUCUUGCAGAAACAGAAGCAGAGCGAAAGAAUGUUUACUGUGCUGGGUUUGCAUGACGGUUCUAUAUCUAUUCGUUGAACAGAAUCUUCACAUGUGUGUGUCUAAAGAUGAAACUAAAACUAUCGGUGAAGUUCUUUUCCAGACUCCUCUAUAACCUUGGCAUCUGGGAGCACCCCAUGAUUCCCAACCCGAACUACAAGCCGCAGGAAACAAUCCGCGCUAUGUCUUGGAAAAGCAUAAUUGGAGUUGUACGAAUUCACAAGAACUGUGCACGACUUCUGCAAAUCUUCAUCGACACUUAGGUAUAACAGGUCGACUUAGAUGAAUAUCUAGGAAUUUCUUGUGAUGUUGGUUGAGAUGCUGGUCCUUGAGCUUGACAGUAGUUGUACGGAGAAUCUGUGUUGCAGGAGGGCUGCAAGAAGGAUCUCCCGCAUUACUUUUCCAAGGCAUACGCUUUCUGGACUACCAAAACUCACCCGCGACGAAUUUCGAGGGCUUAUCCUGUGUAGAAAGGUACCUAGCUGGUGUACUCUAGAGUUUAUUCGCUGCAGAUCUUGCAUGAGCAUAAGAUGUAGUUGUGUCAUGCUGCUGCACGUGCUCUCCAUCUUCAGAGGCAUUUGCAUCUUCACAAAAUGGUGUUUGAAGAGAACAUUUGAUGCUUUAAUAUGCAGGACAAGCAUAGGACUUGACGACUAUGCAGCUGCGCCACCCGACAAGGGCCACUCCGCUGCGGGUCCGAGAUUGUAUGAAAACGCGGCUUAUUCCAGAAAAUCAAAAUUAUCUGGGCUUCUAAGUAUAGCGACACACGUCCCAUCAUCUCGCCUAUGGGGAGAAGAUCAUCAUAAGUGCGUUUUUUACACAGGAUAGGGGUGGUGCUGGCCGGGGCAGUCGGUAUACCCAGAUUUCUCCAACCCGGACAUGCGAAAAUUUUGGGCGGCGAGGUUCAUAUCCAGAGAAAAAAACCCAUCCACAUCCAUUUUUUGCAUGACAAACACAGGAUUUUAUGUAUGUUUUGCAUGACAAAUUGGAUGUGGAUGGGUUUUUUUCUGCGGAUAGUUCAACACAGAACUCUACACGGGAUCUACGCUGGACACAUACUAUGCAACACAAAUAAUCCUCUUGUAGUUCCGUACACGUACAAAAUAUUUUUGCGUCACAAAUUUUAUUGUCGAUGUACAGCAUGCGCAUGCCACUUGUGGUCAUCCGCAGAAAGGGUUGAGGAUGAAAAGGUUUGUCAUGCAAAAUCCGCAUCUUUACGAACGAGUACGGCAAAUUUCCUUACUCUGGAUACCUACACGUGGAACGAUAUGAACGAACCCUCGGUCUUCAACGGUCCCGAAGUUUCCGCCCCGAGGGAUGCGGUUCAUGUGCACGACGUCGAGCUAUGCGAGUGCACAAGCACAAUCGCCUACCCUCCAAAAUUUGUCAUGUUGCAGACAGCGCUUGAAGCAUGGAGGCAAGCUGUUGCAGCGGUCCGUUUGAUGAUUUGCAUUUCAAACGAGGGGCGGGAAGAAUUGUGCACUCUGAUACGAGCACCGGGACAACCACAACCUGUACGGUAUGUACGUCCAGCGGGCGACGUUUGAGGGACACUUGGAGCACAAACAGGGGCGGAGACCCUUCGUGUUGAGUCGGUCCUUUUUCACCGGGUCGCACCGCUACGGCGCCAUCUGGACGGGGGACAACAUGGCACAAUGGGCGCAUUUGAAAGACUCUGUGGCCAUGGUCCUCAGUCACGCGCUGGGCGGAAUCAGCUUUAUCGGUACAUAAUGGAUUUGUUUUCACGUGUAUAUUUUUAUGAUUUGAAGACAGUGCUGUACCUGUUGCUGCACCACAAAAGUUCUCGUGCAGCACACGCUCUUCGUUAUUUCCCGGCGGCCCGACAGAUUGUGUCACGGUAGCGAUACCCACUGGAUAUGCGGAACCUGCUUCAAUCAGGCGAAUUGAUCCAACACGCCCUCUGUGUGGCGUAGACAAUAUAUCGAACAAGCUUUUGUCAAAAUGGAAGGAACAGAAAGCAUAAAAGUGGAAGAGGACCUUCACGAUUUCUACUUACUAAGUCUAACGAUUUACUUCCGGUAAAGUGCAGCUAGCAUUUCUGCAGGCACGCUCCUUGACUGAAUCCCAACAGGUGCAGAUGUUGGUGGGUUUUUCAAGAAUCCGGAGCAGGAGCUGAUGGUCCGUUGGUAUCAGUUUGGCGCCAUUGCCUACCCCUUCUUCCGGAAUCACGCGCACAUCGAAACGGCACGCCGGGUAUCAACUGCAAAAGUGUCUGGGUCUGGAAGGUCACAACUUGUGAUGCUGUCUGUGUACUCUCAAAGAAUUUGUAUUGCAUGACCAGCAAGAGGGGUCGGGUUUGUCCUACGCGGAGAAGGCAUUUCUCAUGCGGUAGAGGUAUCGCAAAGCCCUCUAAAAAUCUGUGAUGCUACGGCAUGUAUUACAGACAUAGUGGCUCAUGGAAAAUAUGCAUGACAAGUCUAGAAAUCUUCCAGACCCAGGCGCUUUUGCAUUUGAUACCGGGAGCCCUGGACCCUGAACAAGGACAAUCUGUCCUUCGUGAAGGCGGCCGUGCUAUGAACUGCAAAAGUAUCGUACUCGUAUCAAUGCAUUACAAAUUUCCUCAGCAUGAAAAAUAAAAUUUGUAAUGCUGAUUCGUCUGCAGAGAAAAAAUUGCUGCAAGACUUGCACUUAUACGAAUGCGAUACUUUUGCACAGGAUACGUGCGGCUGCGGUACCAACUCUUGCCGUAUUACUACACGCUCUUCAAGGACUACACGGUGACCGGGAAACCCGUAAUCCAGCCUCUGUGGUACUCGUUCGGAAAGGACCCCAAGGUGUGGGAAGCGGACAAGGCGGAGUUCCAAAUUUUGGUUGGCGACUAUGCAUUGCAAAAGUAUCGCACUAGUAUAAGCUGCAUGACAAAUUUGCUCAAGAUCAAAAAUGCAAUUUGUAAAUGCUGAUGUUUGCCCUUAGACAAUAGAUCUGUCAUGCAUGGCUGCAAUUAGUACGGCUGCGAUACUUUUGCACUGGAUAGCGACGCACUGAUGACGAGAGUGGUGGCGGAACCGAACAUGGUCGAGUCAACGGUCUACCUGCCAAACGAAACCCCCGACAAAGUCACAACCUGGUAAAGCAGUAGGUGGUGCACUGGCUCUUUCAUUCAUUCGUUCCUGUUCCAGCACAAAAACGAUGGCAGAAUAGCUAUGCACACUCGUCGACAUCAUUGUCUAGAUUCAAUGUGGCAGACGCAAAUUGAUUCAUGGAUAUGCACAGGAGAAACGAUACCCAAAAAAUACGUCCACGUAGUACUACAAUAUCUCCAGGUACUGCUGGUACACAAAGGAGCCCUUGCGUGGCGGCGGUUCCUACGCUUUCGACGUGCGCGGCAAUGCCGCCUUGGUCGCGAAAGGCGGCAGCGUGGUACCCACGAAGUUUCGGCAGCGUCGGUCGGCGGCGCUCAUGAAGCAGGACCCCUUCACACUGAACGUCUUCUUUUAUGAGAGUGCAUAAGUACAUCUUCUUCCCUGCGUCCUCCUUUGAUGUCAUGCAGUAAAUUUUAAUCCUGGCUUACUUAGCCGUUGCCUUGUACUUGUAGGCCUGACUCGUCGAUGACAAGCUACACCGACGCCCAAAAGAAUCGCACGGCGCGAUUGACUCCGUGUCCUCUGUUGAGUUUGUCAUAGAGAAGCCACAUUUGUGCUUUUUUUUCUGUUGCUUUUCGAGCCAUGGUGCAAAUAAGGGGGAGCAGGGGGAGUUGUGCACUGGGAUAUCUUGGACCCCAACACGCACACCGCAACCGGUAAAGUCUACGUGGACGACUAUGUGCACGUGGAGACCCCCUCUUAUGCAGUGCAGAAGUUGAAGUGGAGUCAUGUCAUAUAGAAGUAGUAGUACUUUAUUGCAUCUCAGUAUGAGAAAUGGAAUCUCUUAUGCGUAGUAAAAACCCGAUUUUUUGUGUUUGUGAUGCAUUAUUGCAAGUCGUAUCACACGUACGACUCCGAUCAUGCAACUUUUGCAACGCAUACCAUCGUUCUGCAGACAAUCACCAUCGAACCGAAGCAGACCAAGAACGGCGCUGUGGUAAUGUCGAUUUACGGAAAGACCGAAAUCGCGCCCGCUAGUUCCACCACCCAAGGCACGACGACCGCAGACUCUGCCACGAUCUUGCAGGGUUUAGAGAAUGCCCUGGCGGUAACGCCGGAAGUAGACCAGGCGGAGAAAGAACAUCAAAACACGGCGAUGAAGAAGAAUGCUGGGUUGCUGAUAGAGAGAAUUGUGAUUUCAGGUCUCGGGGAGCAAUUGGCGCACAACAUCAAGCAAGUGCAACGAAUGAUCACGCAGCCAGCUACUGCACCAGGGACUGAUGGCCAGCCAGCGUUUGAAAACGUCCAGUUCCGCAUGGAUCUCACCGAGUAUCAAAUGCAAAAAUGUCUGGGUCUGGAAGGUUGGAACUUGCGACGCUAACUUUAUAAUUCUAAAAAAAAUUGUAUUGCAUGACCAGCAAGAGGAGUCUAGUUUGUGCUACGCAGGGAUGGCCGCGUUUGUCAUGCGGAGUAGGCAUCACGAAGCCCUCUAAAAAUCUGUGAUGCUAGGUCUUGCAUUACAGACAUGCUGGGUCAUGCAAAAUAUGCGUGACAAGUCUCAGAAUCUCCCAGACCCAGAGAUUUUUGCAUUUGAUACCGACACGCUGCUGAUCAAACUGCCACAGGUUUCGGUCGGCCAGGACUGGGAAUUGUUGCUGACCACCGAAUAUGAAUUGCAAAAGACUCGUACUAGUAGUAAUUGCAUUACAAAUUACCUCAGCAUGACAAAUGGAAUUUGCCAUGGUGUUUUACCUUGGGAUGUAGAUUUGUAAUGCAUAAUUGCAAUUACUACGAGUGCGAUACUUUUGCACAGGAUACGGAAGUGGACGUCGCGGGCAAAUGGGAGGAGUUUUUCAUCUGAGGAUGAGUUACUUGUUUUUCCUCUUCUUUGCAUCGUGUACUUAGAAGUAGAUUCUCUACUUCGCGGCCCUCCGAUCGAAGUGGAGACGCAGGAGCCCGAGCCACCUACAUUUACUAUACAACAAUAAACUGCGGCCGCACACGCCCGCUGCCUGUAGUUCAUCCUCUGAGGAGGUGGGCAAGAACGCAGUGGGCACCAGAAAAUCGUAUACAGCAUCAAACUAACAGGUUGGUGUAAUAUUUUCAGACGUUUUAUUUCGCGAGGCAGACGCAAAUAAAGAUGAUCAAUUGAUCAAUUAUCCAAGAAUAUAGGUUAAAAAGUCGAGUACAUGUGGGUACGUAGCAAUUACCUCUGUCGUCGAGAUGUCAACAGGAAAAAGAACGAAUUCGAAUUCGUGGUGCUGCUUGACAACGGUCGAAUGGAAAUGGUUCGCCUUACGAAUUCCAAUGCUGUAGCAUCGUCUCGUGGGUGGAUACUUGAGAUCUUCCAAACGACGCUGGAUCAUUUUUUUUCUUUUCAGAGGCGAGCUUUUUGAUAUUUUUCAUCCAGGACCUUUUCCGGUCAUUUUUGUCGCGGUUCUCGUACUGAUUGAUGC